AUGGAUAAACAGUAUGAGAUAAAGAAGCUCUCUGAUUGGUUGCAACGAGAUACAAAGAUACAACCAAAAAACAAAGAUGCUUUCAUAAUUAUUGAUGAUAGUACUACCUGCAAGUGGUACGAAAAGAACGUAUGA